AUGGCCAAGCCCGCAUCGAUCUCGGUCCACGUCCAUCUCCUCAGUGGCAAGACGGUCUCACUGAACGUGGAAGCCGACGCAUCUGUUGACGACCUGCACCAGCGUGCGCAGAAGGCUUUGGCAGUCGGCCGAGGAAUUCUUCUGACUUCCUCAGGAGAUAUCUUGGAUGGAGCUGCAAGUGUCAAGUCACGACUGCAGAGCGGUGAUGUCCUGACCCUUCAUCAAAGGCAGACGCAAGUCGUUUCGGCGACCGGCUUUGCUGAUGGAGCCGCUUUUGCUUGCAUACUUGGCGAUGGAUCCUCAGUUGCCUGGGGCCUCUCUGGCUUUGGUGGCCAGAGCGGUGCCGUGCAAGAUCGGCUGAAGAACGUGCAGCACAUCCAAGCCACCCGCUCGGCCUUUGCGGCAAUCCUUAGUGAUGGAUCUGUUGUGACCUGGGGCAAUGCUGACUGCGGCGGUGACAGCAGUGCUGUACAUGACCAGCUGAAGAACGUGCUGCGGAUCCAGGCUUCUAAGGCGGCCUUCGCUGCGAUCCUUGGGGAUGGAUCUGUCGUCACCUGGGGCCAUACGCAGGCAGGUGGCGAUAGCAGUGCCGCGCAAGCUCAGCUUCAAGAUGUGCGGCAGAUCCAAGCAACGAAGGCAGCGUUCGCUGCAAUCCUGGCCGAUGGAACUGUGGUAGCGUGGGGUGACACUGGCUUUGGUGGCAGCAGCAAUGAGGUUAAGAACAAACUCCAGAAUGUUUCGAGGAUCCAAUCUACUGACCACGCUUUUGCCGCAAUCCUGCAAGAUGGGUCUGUGGUCACCUGGGGCGAUGCCCUCUUCGGUGGUGACAGCAGUGCCGUGACGGGCCAGCUAAAGAACGUGCUGCACAUUCAAUCCUCCGAUGCAGCUUUCGCUGCCAUCCUGGCAGACGGAUCUGUGGUGACCUGGGGCCAUGCUUUGUCCGGUGGCGACAGCACCCUGGCAGACCAAAUGAACCCUGAAAUCGGGGUCCUCUACCCUGUACUACUUUUCUUCCUACUAAGGUAG